AGUCUUUGGAAGUUUGAGUGGGGAAAGAGCAAGGAUUCACCGGGAGAUUCUUGAAGUAAGUCCAGACAAGGAUUCGAGGCUAGGCAAGGUAAUUCGUGGUGGAUCUGAAACGCAGUCCAAACUUGAACAGGAGUGAAAACACAACUCCCGGUCUACUCGUGAGUAAGCACUCCGAAAGGCCACUUAGGAGCUCGGAAACAAGGGACGAUGUUCUUCUUUGAUUAGUCACGUUGACACCGCGAUAGGGAAAGCUCAGUGCAGAACUUUUAUGGAAGUUCAAGAGCUCCCCCCAACAGGUGUUUAACUCCCCAAUUGUUCCCAGAGAAAGUAGCUGUUUCAACAUGCCUGCCUCCCCGAAACUUCCCAAGGGAAACGGUUUAAUUACAAUCGUCUCUCUCCGCUAAUCUCGCGCUUCGUCUCAGAAACUCCUUAUGGGAGCGAUGUGUUUUGAGAAAGGACUUCCUAUCAAACACGACACUUUCCGGGGAACCAGGCUCUGUUUCAAGGGUGUUCGUAAUUGGCUUUGGCACGAAAAUGUCAACAGGGGACAUCUGGAAUGGAACAGAAUCUUGCUGAGAUGGGAAAAAACCCAUAUCCUCUUCAGUUUGAUCUAUGAUGGCUGCGGGGUCAUGGGUCAAAGGUCCCUGUGACAUCACAAAAGGUGAAUUAAUGCAGAGUAAACUGGGUUUUACAAGUUUAGGUAAAGGGUUUCCCCUGACAUUAAGUCUAGUUGUGUCUGACUCUGGGGGUUGGUUUCUAAACCAAAGAGCCGGCAUUGUCUAUAGACGCCUCCAAGGUCAUAUGGCUGCAUGACUGCAUGGAACACUGUUACCUUCCCACCAGAGUGAAACAUACUGCAGCUUUUGCUGCAUUGUCAACUGAUUUACCAGAAGUACAGAAGGAAAUUGUUGACAUACACAAUGCCCUCAGGAAGCAAGUCGAGCCAAGUGCUUCUAACAUGCUGAAGACGGAAUGGAACGGGACAGCUGCAAUUAAUGCCAAAAGGUGGGCUGAAAAUUGUGUAUACUCCCACAGCCCUGGAAAUCAAAGAAAAAUAGAAGGUGACAUGGCAUGUGGUGAAAACCUCUUUUAUUCGAGUGUCCCAAAGCCUUGGUCAGAUGUAAUGCAAGCAUGGUUCGAUGAAAGGAAAGACUUCAUAUAUGGAAAGGGACCGACAUAUGAGAAAGCAGCAAUUGGGCAUUACACUCAGCUAGUUUGGUAUACAUCCUACCUGAUUGCUUGUGCAACUUCCCAGUGUGACCACGCCAAGUAUAACUUCUUCUACGUUUGCCAAUAUUGCCCUGCGGGAAAUGUGCUAGGAAUUAAUUUUUAUUAUCCUUACAAGGAAGGAGAGAAAUGUGGCGAUUGUCCCAGCAAAUGUGACGAUGGGCUGUGCACCAAUCCUUGCCCACAGGAAGAUUUGCUCAGCAACUGUGCCAAUCUAAAGAAGGCACAUUCAUGUGAACAUCCAGUAAUGAAACAGAAUUGCCAUGCGUCCUGUCUCUGUGUUUCUGAAAUACAUUAAUAUCAGGAUUCUCCCUAUAAAUCUAGUGGAAGAAGAUGAAGCCAACGUAAACAUAAAAUGAAUGAAAUGGCAAUAUACUUGUAAUGUUAAUUUCAAAUUACAAUAGGUUUUGUAUUAUUGUAUGCUUUUAUCCUUUAAUCUGUUUUCUCUGUUUCUCCAAGAAGGUAUGUUGUUACUUUGGUGUGAAAAGCAGCUCCUGUUCUGGAAUAGCUUAUUAAUUAUCAGGAAAUCGGGGGGGACUUUCCUAAGAAAUCUAUGCAUAUUAUCCUAUAGAUUUAUUCUGAGAGCUUCUUAAAGGUAUUUUACUUAGUAAAAAAGAAAUAAUUCACUGUAUCUGGAAUUUUGUAAUAUAUGUGGAAGUCUAAAUAAAUAUAUAAACAAUA